UAGAAUGGUGGCAGCCAUGGGGUCCAACAGCGCUUCCCUACUUGAAGUGGCUGUUCGAAGUUUACAGCGUGUCAUGCUGCAACGUCUGUCUCUUCACGCUGCUACUCGUGGAGCAGUCUCUGCACGUCGCCUGCGUCGUACUGUUUGCCGAGGUAUCCUGGCGGUUCGAGUUUUGGCGGUUAAAAAAGCACAACGGCAGUCAUAUGUCUGCUUUUGCGAAACUGCACACUUCGGUGCUAGCAUCGUGCAGUGAAGUGAACUCGGUGUUUGGUCUGCUCCUCCCACAGUACUUGCUGGUGAGCGUGGUCAUGUCCAUGCUAAGCACUGUUGCCCUCAUUCUUUCCGAUGGAGCACCCGACGGGUUCGCCUCGACGUGCGCUCUAUACCUUUUUGUAUUUUUCGUACCGAUGUGUAUUGUUGGUCAGCAAAUCGAGGACGCAAGUCGAACUGUGUCCGUCGCAGCCUACCGUGGUCCUUGGUUGGAGGAAAACACGGCGACUCGCCGCCUCCGGCUCAUCGUCAUGGCGUCGCCACCGGCUCGGUUCAAAGUCGCAGGA